UUGUCAUAGUUGUGAGGCAUUCCACUCAGAAGUGUUUUUAUUUUUAGCCCAGAGCCAUGAUCUGUCUUUAUCUGAUCCCAUGCAAUUGUGCCAGAGUGUGAGGUUGUGUUCCUCUCUUACUGUAGUUAACAUAACCUUAAGGCACAUUUAAAAAAAAAAAGCUAACGAUGGGAAAUUACAAAUCCAGACCAUCUCAGACGUGCACAGAUGAGUGGAAGAAGAAGGUGGGGGAGUCUUACUCUGUGAUCAUUGAGAAGUUGGACGACGACUUCCAGCUUCCAGAAAGCGCCCUGGCAGACCUUCACCUCGCUUUCAGCUCGGAUGAGGCUUUUCAGAAGGUGAACGUGAACUACCGAACGGAGAAGGGGCUGUCUCUGCUGCAUCUCUGCUGCGUGUGUGGAGGAAAUAAGGCUCACAUGCGUACCCUGUUGCUCAAAGGCCUGCGUCCUUCUAGACUAACUAGGAAUGGUUUCACUGCACUCCACCUGGCUGCUUAUAAGGACAACGCAGAGCUGGUGACUGAACUCCUGCAUGGUGGAUCAGACGUGCAGCAGGUGGGAUACGGGGCUCUCACAGCUCUGCACGUUGCAACACUGGCAGGACAUCGAGAGGUUGCUGAUAUACUCCUGCAGAAUGGAGCUUUUGUCAAUGUGCAGGAUGCUGUGUUUUUCACUCCGCUACAUAUUGCCUCCUACUACGGUCAUGAAGAGGUGGCAAAGCUUCUGCUGAAGUUUGGGGCAGAUGUGGAUGCUGGUGGUGAGGUGGGUGACCGGCCGCUGCACCUGGCUGCAGCUAAAGGAUUUCUUGGCAUCAUCAACCUGCUGGUGGGAGACGGGAACAAGGCAAAUGUCAACGCACGAGACAAUGAAGAACAUGUUCCUCUCCAUUUCUGCGCCCGCUUUGGUCACCCUGAGAUUGUUCAUUUUCUUCUCGAAGGCAGCAGUGAAGUUCAGCCUCAUUCUGUCAACAUCUACGGGGAUACACCGCUACACUUGGCCUGCUACAAUGGCAAAUUUAGCGCUGUGAAGGAGAUGAUACAGUUCUCUGGUACAGAAAGUCUGUUAAAGGAGAACAUAUUUAGUGAGACACCACUUCACAGUGCAUGUACCUAUGGCAAAGACCUAGAGAUGGUCAAAUUCCUGCUGGGCCAGAACGCCAUGAGCAUCAAUCAUCAGGGCAGAGACGGCCAUACUGCUCUUCAUAGCGCCUGUUUCCACGGCCACAUCCGUCUGGUGCAGUUUCUGCUGGACAAUGGGGCUGACAUGAACCUAGUGGCCUGUGACCCCAGCAGGUCCAGUGGGGAGAAGGAAGAGCAGACAUGCCUGAUGUGGGCUUAUGAAAAAGGUCAUGAUGCUAUUGUCACCUUACUUAAACACUACAAACGUCCAGACGAUUCUCCAUGCAAUGAAUACUCCCAGCCAGGAGGAGAUGGCUCCUACGUUUCAGUUCCAUCGCCUCUUGGAAAAAUUAAAAGCAUGACUAAAGAAAAAGCUGAAGUGCUUGUGCUCAGGGCCAGCCUUCCAUCUCAUUUCCACCUUCAGCUGUCUGAGCUGGAGUUUAAUGAAAUUAUCGGAUCGGGCUCCUUUGGGAGAGUCUACAGAGGCAAAUGCAGAAACAAAAUUGUCGCCAUAAAACGCUAUAGAGCCAACACAUACUGCUCUAAAUCGGAUGUGGACAUGUUCUGCAGAGAGGUUUCUAUCCUGUGCCGCCUCAAUCAUCCCUGCAUCAUCCAGUUUGUAGGGGCGUGCCUGGAUGACCCCAGUCAGUUCGCCAUUGUUACCCAGUACGUUUCUGGAGGCUCGUUGUUCUCCCUGCUGCAUGAACAGAAGAGGCUCAUCGACUUGCAGUCCAAGCUCAUCAUCGCCAUCGACGUAGCCAAGGGCAUGGAGUACCUGCACAACCUCACCCAGCCCAUCAUCCACCGGGACCUCAACAGUCACAAUAUCCUGCUCUAUGAGGAUGGACAUGCAGUGGUGGCUGAUUUUGGAGAAUCCAGAUUUUUGCAGUCGGUAGAUGAAGAUAAUUUGACAAAGCAGCCAGGGAACCUGCGAUGGAUGGCUCCUGAGGUGUUCACACAGUGUACCCGUUACUCUGUGAAGGCAGACAUGUUCAGCUACGCCCUCUGUCUGUGGGAGUUGCUAACUGGAGAAAUCCCUUUUGCUCACCUUAAACCAGCUGCAGCCGCUGCAGACAUGGCUUACCAUCACAUCCGGCCUCCUAUUGGCUACUCUAUCCCCAAGCCAAUCUCUGCACUUCUGAUGAGAGGCUGGAACUCCUGCCCGGAAGACAGACCUGAGUUUUCUGAGGUGGUUUCCAACUUGGAGGAAUGUCUGAGCAACAUUGAGUUGAUGUCUCCAGCUUCCAGCAACAGCAGCGGCUCCCUUUCCCCCUGCUCCUCCUCUGACUGCUUGCUCGGCCGGGGAGGACCCGGCCGAAGCCAUGUGGCUGCCCUGCGCUCCCGUUUUGAACUGGAGUAUGCUCUCAACACCCGCGCCUAUGCCUUCUGGACUCAGAGUGAGCGUCGCCGAGCUUCUGGUGGCCUUUCACUGGAGGAAAUUCGACGGAACAUGCAGUUCUCUCCCAUUGAUCGAAACGGGUAUGUUUCUGAUCCCAUGAGCACCAUGAGGUUCUGCUCAUCAUUCAGCAGCAGCGGCAGCUUUGAAGACAACAGCUGAACUGUUCAUCAUCCAUUUGUGUUCAGUGAUAUCUCUGUAUAUAAUGUUGAAUAAAGAGGGAGUUUGAAGAUAAAUGA